UUUCUUAUAUUAAUCGACGUAGCACUAUUUGUAAGGCACUUAAUGAAUUAAAUAAUUACCCUUCUAACUCUAAAUGCCCAAGCAUCAAUAAGGUUGCUAAAAGUUUUGGAAUCCCAGAAGCUAUUCUUAGACAUGCCAUAAAAAAUGGCAACUCUCCUAACCGUUCAGGCCCACCAACUAUACUUACUGAGCAUGAGGAAAAUUAA